AUGAGUUUCUAUGAACCUGAGAUCCCAGAACCGCCUUCCAUUGAUCUCCCAAAACCGACAUUUCCAUAUACCUCUGGUUGGAAAUUCGUUGCCAAAUCUCACAUUGCGCCAACUGCGACGCCUGUUUUGCGCAAUUGUUGUCUCAAUGUUAAAGGAGACCGAAUUGAACGGAGUGAAUUGGAUCCAGUCGAUCGGUGCUUAAAGCAUCCCCCUUUACCUGGAUCAUUGGGGAAUUAUUUAGUCGAAUUGGAAGUCAUCGAGCUUAUUAAAGGAGGAGAUGGACAACACUGCCAGAUUCUGAGAGUUCGACUUGGGGAUGUAAAAUCAGAUUUACAAUCGAAAUCUUCAAACUCUCGCCAUAUUUACGAUCUAAAAAAAGAUACUGUUCUCGUCGCGAAGAUUUAUGAUCCGCUGUACUUUGAUGAUGAGGAGGGAUACCUCAAUCCAUUCGUUACAAUGGAUCAAUUCUAUUCCCAUGAGGUGAAUGCAUACAUGGCUCUUGACAAGUUUCAAGGUCGAGAGAUUCCAAUGUACUAUGGCUCCUUUACUUUCAAUUUGCCUGUCGACUCAAAAUCGAAAAAGGAACGAGCAGUCAGGAUGAUUCUCGGGGAACAUAUACAAGGAAUCACGAUGGCAGAGGCAACCCCAGGCAGUAUUCCACAGCAAUCUCGACAAAGCAUCAUGAGAUCGAUCGUGGAUCUGGAAAGCAGGAUCUACGAGAACGAUGUAUUCUUAAUGGAGACCGCGCCACAGAAUAUUCUGCUGGUGUCAUCAGACAGCGACCAUCCUCGAAUCAUUUUUCUUGAUUUCGCUCAUGCUCUUUUUGGGCGCAGGACGGACGACCCCGUUGCGUUAGACGUGAACCUUUUUCUCGGUGAAUACAUCUCGCCUUUGCUUCGGUGGAGAGAAAAGUCUGGACAUAUUACUUCGUUUUUGAAAUGGGUUGAUUGGGACUGGGAUUCUUGGCUUGAUGCUGAGUUCGCUUAUACAGUUGCUACUAUCAAGCCGGGCAUGAGGGAACGGUGGUCCUACGAAGAUGAAGAGGAUUUUGAGCCUACUGGAUGUUGCCCGUGUCUUCGAUGA